AUGUCUUUAUAUCACCCAAUUUCGAGAGCAUCGAGCCAGAGAGACUUCUCUGGUACUAUCACCCCUACAAACUUGGACCAUUUCAGUGUUGGAUCCAAGAAGGAAUCAAUCACGGUCAAUUCAUCUAUUAGAGAUGAAAUUAGUAAUAAGCCUGUACACAGCGCACACAGUAUACAUAAUCGUAAGUCCAGUAUAUUGUCGCCACCACUCUCGCCAUACCAGAAGGUUAGCGAUGACGAUGACUACAAUGAAGUGGAGGAGCCAGUAGACUCUUCAGAAUCUUCAAAAGUGUACAUACCGCUGAAGCAUGCCUUUAAGAUUGAGAACUUCAAAGAGUACGACCUCAAGGUCAACCCAUGGGCCAAUCUUAACUCAGAUUACAAAUCGAACCAAUUCAGGUUUCUCGAGCAAUAUUCAAUAAUUUCGUCCAAGGAACGUCAAACCAUGAAGAUUGUCGAGAAAAGAAGUAAUAACGUUAACCGUAAGAGAGUUUCGUCUUCCGAUUCAGACUCUGAGUUGGAAAGGGUCAGAACUAGAAGGAUUGUAAAAGAAUCGAGUGCAAACCUCUCUGAGUUUGAUAAUGCCAGAGAAAGCACCCCCACCACACCACCAAAGAAGAGAAAGGUCACAAGAAAGGAGCCACAUGCUGGUUCUCCUUUAGCAGUCCAACAAGCUGCACUUAUCGAUGAGAAUAUCCCAGAUUAUUCACCAGAUCCUGCAGUUACCUUACCUAAGGGUAACAACAGAUGUCUCAAGGUAGAGUGGAAGGGACAACCCAUGGAUUUGAGAUUUGACAGAAACAUUGAUAAGUUACAUCCAGCAGAAGUUUUGCUAGCAUCCAUAUUAAGGUUACCAUGUAAUGUGUAUUUGGAUUCUAAGAGGAGACUCUUCUUCGAGAAGGUGAACAGAUUGAAGAGAGGUCAACAGUUCAGAAGGACAGAUGCUCAGAAGGCAUGUAGAAUUGAUGUUAAUAAAGCUAGUAGGUUGUUUGCAGCUUUUGAGAAAGUCGGUUGGUUGGAAGAUGACCAUUUUGCAAAGUAUUUAUAA